UUUAUGAUGUAUAUAAUAAUGUACAAAUAUUUUCUUAGUCACUGUAUCUAUUCACUACUUUCUGAAGAGAAAAAGAAAAAAAUUCUAACAAAUACCGCCAGAGAUCAGGAGUGUCGCUUUGUGUUUCUGUUCAAAACUCAAUACGACGUGUAUCGAAAGUUAUAUUCCGUGUUCUUUAUCGCGUAAGGUUUAAAAACGGCGCGUGAAAAGUUUUCGUUGUGGGUGAUCAUUAAAUUGUCAAAUUUGUUGACUCUUCUCUAACGUAAAAGAGAAAUAUUUAUACAUAUACUGUCUAACUAUAUUCGAAUAUACGUAGACAUUAACUUUGACCUUAUUAAGUAAACAGUAAUAUAUAGGGAAGGGAGGAUAUGUAUACGCAGACGAUAUCCGAUACUUGUGAUUUAGUGAUUUCAUGACUUUGAAUGAUGUUUUAACUAAUAAUAAAUUUUUUGAUAUAACGGCUCAGUGAAACAAACGAACUUUAAUGAAAUAUAAAAAUAUAAUAAGAAUGAAAACGAAACCGUGUUUUAUAUCGACAGUAUUUCAAAGUUUGCUUGCUAUUGUAUACCAAGAAGGCCGAUCGGAUUAAGAAGCUGUGACGUUCUACUGAACUGUGAACGCGGAGGACGGAAGCGUGAGGAGAGAGGAGCAAAGAAGCGAAAGAGUAAGAAAUUACUCGGGGGUAGCGGGGGGGAGUUGGAUUGUAAAGCGCGGCAAUUAUUCGCCCCGCAAUCAGAUCGGCCCUAUAAGGACGAAUGCGAUGAAAGCCGCGGACAGAAGUGGUCACAGCGAUCCCUACAGUAUUUUUUCCCCUAGGAGCCCGCGGACAAAUUUUGGAUCAUCGCCGACACACCCCGAGAUGUUCGAUUUGGAGACCAUUAUAUGCGAGUUCGAGAAGGGUUUCCUCUCCCCGUCGAAGCACGAAGGCCAGACGGAAAUCGGCAAACAGAGGAACUUCGUCAAGAAGAUCGUGGCGGCGUUCGAGGUGAAAUACAAGGCGUCUAAUGAUCCGAGGGGCGGGCAAGAGGGGGAGGCAGCCGGGGGGAGCGCCGCUUACCCGGACACCAGUUGCGACGAGGGGGGAGAGGUGGCGAGCAAGAUCUUCGAGUCGAUCAGCUUCGACGCGCCCAUCACCAAUUUGCACGGCGAGUCUAUGAUGAUGAUGAUGAACGAAUUCGAAAAUCAUCGUGGAUCGGCCAGCGAUUCGAUCCCCCAUUCCCAGUUGGGGGAAACUUUCCUCGCCUGGCCCUCCGUCUCCUCCUCCUCCGAGGAUGGCUUGAUCGAUCUUCGAAAAAAUAAGAAAUACGACGAGGAAGGAAAUGAGGAAGGAUCGUCGUUGCCGAUCUCGAACGAUUGUCUCAGGGAAUUGGCAAUAUUCUCGUCCACCAAUGAUCUCGACGUGAACCAAGCUUCUUGUCCGUUGGAUCUCGCGCGGCGUGACUCGAGCGAUUCCGAUUACUCCCUUUGCAAAUACGACGAAGAGGUGUCCUAUCGAAGAUCCAGCUUGCACGUCGACUCGAAUGUGGCCGAGUGUCUCGACGACACGAUGAUCGUGGACGACACCAUGGUCCUCGACUUGACCCUGCGCAAACAGGGUGACAUUUCCUCGACGGAGAACGGUUUUUUCCCUAAGAGGAGCGAUAAGUUUUUAGAGCAGGACGAGCAGGAAGAGCAUUUGGAGGAGGAGGAGGAGCAGGAGGGGCAGAAGGAGGAGGAGGUGGUGGAGGCUGGAGAAAUUUCGCGCAACGACAAGAUCCCUAAGAUAGUGGGGGCGUUCUUGAAGAGGCCGAUCGAAGUGGAGGACACGUCCAUAGAUUGGAUACCUAUCCCGGGGAAGAAAUUGCCGAGGAAAAAAUCGUUGAAGAAGCUGCUCUAUUCGCUGACGGGUAAAAGGCUGGACAAGAAACGAAAAUUGUUCUCGUCGGAGAGAAAUUUGAACGAGGGGGAAUAUCAAGAUUCCGGAUUCGACGAGAUAUCUUGUUCCUCCUCCUCCCUCACUUCCUUGGCCUCUAUCACGGACAUGUUGGGAAAGGUUAGGGAGUAUAGCAACAGUUUGCUGGACUCGAGCAAGGAGGUCACGUUUAAAACGUUUAAAUCGAAGGAGUUGGAGAAAGAAGAGGAUAAGGCGUCCAAACAAGGGGAUGAAAACGCAAAAAGGCUUAUUUUAAACGAGGUACCACGCGAGACCUUGAGAAUAGAUCUGAGUCCAUGCUAUCCUCCUCUAAAUUUCAUAACAGAUAUGGCAAUGAAAGCAAUGAAAUCCGAUCUACUCGGUCCAACCACCGAGACUGAGAACCUGACCAAACUGCCCAAGCAUCCGCAUCUCUCCAAGAUACGGAAACACCCGUUCGUUUCCUUGUCAAAGAUGGACAACAGCCAGGAAUUCUGCAGCUCUUACGUGUAUAAAACCGGGCAAAACUCGUCCGUAAUUAUUAAAAACGACAUGUACGAAGUGGAGAUACGCAGGAGGAGCGAGGACGUCUGCCCAUUUUCUCGCCACAGCUCCUCGACCGCGGCCGCCUCCCACUACGACGUCCCCAGAAAAUUCUUGUCCAAGUCGGAGACCAACAUCUGGGCCAAGUGUCAAUGCUGUGAAAAGAAGGAGCCAAUUUACGACGAACCUAGAUUACAAAUCAUCGAAAGAUCCAAAUCUAGUGAUUACGAGGAUGUCCUCUCUUUCGAAAGGAGAUCCGUGACGGAAGAUGAAGAAGAUUCGAUCGUGCAUUAUGCAAACGGCGACAAUGCUAAUUGUUUGAACGAUGAGAUGCGAUUGGAUGUAUGAAAGAGAAUUCCGUGUAAUUUUUCAUUUUGAUUUGAUUAUAUUGUAUAUCUUUUAAAUUGAUAUUGAUCUUUAGGAUAAGUUAGGGGAAGGAUGUCCCAAGAUGUAUAGUAUAGAAAUAUAUAGUAUAGUAGUUGUAUAGUAUGAUGUUAGUUUUUAGAAAACUUCUUAAUUAUUAUAUCUUCAAAUUUUUAAUAUCGUUUUGAUCAUAUUCUUAUUAUAUUCGUUUGAGAUUGAUACUUGAAGUCUCUGAAUUGGAGACAAUUUGUAAAUGUAAGUUAUUGAGAGUUAUUAUUUAGAGUAUAUGCAUUAUAAUUUUAAUGGUAUUAAUAACUGCUUGGAAUGCUUCGAAUUAGUUCUAAACAUUAACUUUUCGAUCAUUCUUUUUUUAUUAAUCGACGCGUGAUUAAAUCCUUAAAUGACUAUAUAUACUCAUGUAUUAUAAUUCUAAUAGUAUUUAGAGAAUAUCUGAGACGAAUUAUUGCUCCAGAUCUUAAUUUUUUUUUCUUUUUGUUUUUUAAUGAGAUUGAUGUGUGAGCUUAUCUAAAAAUGACUCGUAAAAAGAAGAAAUUUUUUUACAAAUUGAUUAUACUAAUAAUUAAAAUUGGUAGCGUGUGUGUGUGUGUGUGUGCUUUCAAAUUUUUGUUUUGAAAUAUGGGGAAUAUUUGAGAUACUUUCUGGAUUAAAGUUUUUUGUAAAUAUUUCUACAUUUACUUAGAUUAUUCAUCUGAUAGAAUCUGAUAUAUAUCAUGAGAAGUAUUACGAUAAUUUUCGAAAAUAAAUUUUUUCUUAUAUAUCAACUUUAUAUUUUAAUUCGAAAUCGUAGAAUAUUGUAGCAUAUUUUAAUAUUUUGAAAAUCUAUUUUUAUAAAUGCGAUAAUAGCAUUGAUACUAGAAAGUAUAUAAAUUGAAUGGAAUUGUAAAAAGUGUAUAGCAAUCUUAUCAUUUCUAAUGUGUUUAUAAUAAUCUUAUAUUUUACUUAAAUUAUAUUUUGUCUUAGAUUUUAGAACUUUUUUCUUUGUUCUUUUUUCAUUUUCGACCGAAAAUGUUAAAAAGCUUAGAAUAAUUCGCGUGGAACAGCUAAAGAAACAAAAAAAAAAAUACAUAGUUUAGUAUUUCUGUUAAGAAAUAUUUAUAAAAGAUUUAAACUAUAUAUUAAUAUUAUAUUUUAUGAUGUUUGAAUUUAUCAGUGUUAUGUUACUGUCAUAAGACAAUUGUAAUUGAAAAAGUAUAUACGUAGACUGAGAUUUCAAUAAAUUGUACAAAUAUGUUUAUAUAUAUUGCAAUUUAUGAUUAUAUACGUAUGUA